AGAAAUGGUUAUCUUUUACUUUUUGGUUGUUUCUGGUUUAAAAGCAGAUGCAAUGCUAGCUCCUGUCUUUUGUGCAAAUGGUGAGUGGGGCCGUGAAACCGAAUUCCCCCAGCCAAGGGUUGACCAAGAGACUGGGCUUGACAGACCUCCCCCCCCCACAAGUCUUUGGCAUUACAAAUCUGUGGGGCAGCUGCACAGCUGGAUUCCUAGGAUAAGCAAGUUAGACUUUGGUUUAGGGGGCACAACUCUUGUAACCAUUUAAAUGCUGUUUCCCUAAGCUUUCAGGGCUAUGGAGGAGUGGGGGAGGGGCAAGAGAGCACUUUAAGUACAAAAGAUUUCAAACCAACCCAUGACCUUCCUCGGGCAUCUGCACGAUCAAAUUCCAUAUAUUGUAACAGGGCGCCAGCCUAUCAGGAUCUCCGAUUAGCAGGUCCUUGUACGCUCUUCAAUGCACAUAAUUUUUUUUUUUUUUUACAUGCAGAUUAACAACGGCCUACCUUCAGAAGAAGGAAAAGGCUUCCUCUCAAAUGAAAUCAAGUCCAGGCAAGGGUGAAACUCAACACACAGAAUGUGUUGGGUGGCAUUGUUCUCUGGCUCCCAGAAGAUGAGAGUUUCAAUUUCAUCAUCUUGUAACACUGGCAAACACGAUGCUGUGGUUGGCAAAAUCUGCCGACUGCAUGGGUCUUCCCAAACCUGGGCCGAGACGCGCUGCAACUCGGGCAUCGUGGCACAGGCUGAAACUAAAGAACUCUCAUGUGAGACAGUAAUUCAACUCAUUUGCAUGAAAAGUCUCCAGGAGCAAAAGAUCUUUUACAGUGUCCAUCCCACGGGCGCCCUAGCACAGAGAACAAUGGCUUCCUUAACGGAAGUUAAUGCAAGGGGACACUGAGAUUUCAAAGGAAAACCUCCUCUGUCCGCUUUGCAGACAUUCACCAGUCCGCUUUAAAAUAAAGCACUCGGGAGUGCUUCUGCUGGGAGUCUUCACGGCUCCUCCACUGAUAGUUUGGUCUUCAGAGUUACAAGCAAACAAGAAUGAGCCUUUUUAGGAGGUAAUGGUGGCAGUUGUUGUUGUUUUUUUUCAGAUCCUUCCAUUUUGUCGGACUUCCAGUCAGCACAAUUAGCUCGACAUGGAGGUUUCUCUUGUUCAAAAAAAAAAAAAAAAAAAAAAAGAACCCUUUCAGUGGCGUGCUCGACUGUGCACAAUAUGGGCACCAGGACACAGGGCUGGGAAACAGCACACUUCAUCUGGCACAGAAGGAAUCGCGCUCUCUCCUCUCCCUCUCAGAUGGGUGACGAUCAUCUCCCUUCCUGGCCUUUGGCUGGGUUUCUGUAUGUAUCUUUUUUGCCUGUGUUCUGUAAGCCAUGACCACCUGCUGUAUGUACAAAACUUGUGCUUGUUACAUUCGUGCUUGUUACAUUUCCCUUAUAGAACUUAAAAGACCCAGCUAUGACAUCGUGUUUACUCAAUAUCAUUCCCCCAGUUUAAAAAAAAAAAAAAACACCAACACCCUACAUGAACCGAACAUGCCAUGCUUCAAUCUGGCCCCAGUGGCUUUUUCUCUGAAAGCAAAACGUGUGUCUUUUUACACCAGGGCUUUCUUCCCACCCCAGGGGUGUCUUCCAUUCUUUUGUGGCUCAGUUUAAGGCGAAGAGGGCUCCAAACCACUAACCAACAGAAGGGAGCCCUUUCUUCCACCUCCUGGGAGAAUCUCAGAUUGAAUUUAUCUGAAGAUAGCUUGCUCUCUUCUUACUUAUUUGCCACCAUUUACGAGGAGGACAGCACAACCACCACCUUGGCUUCAAGAUCCCGGGUAGAGAGGCUCACGGGCAUUUUUUUUUUUUUUUUUUCUUUCCAACCAUCUUUGGCGAGGCCUUGCUUCCUUCCACUCCAGCCUGUUGACUGGGGCUGCUUUUAACCCUUUCCUAUUUGCAGAGAAUGCAACCGUGUGACAGUAACUGAGCACUGGUCCAAAGUCUUUUCAAAAGGUCAAGGUUCACAAGAGCAUCUGAUCAAAUUCAUGACCAUGGGGGAUAUGAAGACCCCAGACUUUGAUGACCUCUUGGCAGCAUUUGAUAUACCAGAUAUGGUCGAUCCCAAAGCAGCGAUUGAGUCUGGACAUGAUGACCAUGAAAGCCACAUUAAGCAAAACGCUCAUGUGGACGACGACUCUCAUACCCCAUCAUCCUCAGAUGUUGGCGUGAGUGUGAUUGUGAAGAACGUUCGGAACAUCGACUCCUCUGAGGGAGCUGAAAAAGACGGCCACAAUUCCACAGGCAAUGGCCUGCAUAACGGGUUUCUCACAGCACCUUCUCUUGACAGCUAUGGUAAGGAGGGAGCGAAGUCCUUGAAAGGAGACACACCUACCUCAGAGGUGACUCUUAAAGACCCAGCGUUCAGCCAGUUCAGCCCUAUCUCCAGUGCUGAAGAGUUUGAUGAUGACGAGAAAAUAGAGGUGGAUGACCCUCCUGAUAAGGAAGAGACACAGCCCAGUUUCAGAUCAAAUGUACUGACUGGCUCAGCUCCCCAGCAGGACUAUGAGAAGCUAAAGUCUCUUGGAGGGGAAAACACAGGCAAGACUGGAAUCUCUACAUCAGGCCACACAGAGAAAAACAAAGUCAAGAGAGAGACAGAAACAAAUUCCAUAGCCCUGAGUGUUUACGAGCCUUUUAAGGUCAGAAAAACAGAAGAUAAGCUGAAGGAGACCUCUGAGAAGAUGCUUGAAAACAGGGUCCUUGAUGGGAAGCUGAGCUCUGAGAAGGACAGCACCCUCGCUGCCGUCACAUCUUCCAAAGCCAAGUCGGCCUCCAAGCUGUCUUCAUGCAUCGCUGCCAUCGCAGCCCUGAGUGCCAAGAAGGCUGCUUCCGAUUCCUGCAAAGAACCUGUGGCCAACUCAAGGGAAGCGUCUCCAUUACCAAAGGAAGUGAAUGACAGUCCCAAAGCUGCUGACAAGUCUCCUGAGUCCCAGAAUCUCAUCGAUGGCACCAAGAAAGCCUCCCUGAAGCCAUCGGAUAGUCCCAGGAGCAUAUCCAGUGAGAACAGCAGCAAAGGAUCCCCAUCUUCUCCUGUGGGGUCUACCCCAGCAAUCCCCAAAGUCCGUAUCAAGACCAUCAAGACAUCUUCUGGGGAGAUCAAGAGGACAGUGACUAGAGUGUUGCCAGAAGUGGAUCUGGACGCUGGGAAGAAGCCUUCUGAGCAGGCGGCCUCUGUGAUGGCAUCUGUGACGUCACUUCUCUCAUCUUCAGCAUCAGCUGCUGUCCUUUCCUCUCCCCCCAGGGCCCCUCUGCAGACGGCCGUGGUGACCGGUGCAGUUUCCUCUGCAGAGCUGACCUCGAAACAGGUCACCAUCAAGCCCGUGGCUACUGCUUUCCUCCCUGUGUCUGCUGUCAAGACGGCAGGGUCUCAAGUCAUCAACCUGAAGCUCGCUAACAACACGACAGUGAAAGCCACAGUCAUAUCUGCUGCCUCUGUUCAGAGUGCCAGCAGUGCCAUCAUCAAAGCUGCCAAUGCCAUCCAGCAGCAAACCGUCGUGGUGCCAGCAUCCAGCCUGGCCAAUGCCAAACUCGUGCCAAAGACUGUGCACCUUGCCAACCUUAACCUUCUGCCUCAGGGUGCCCAGGCCACCUCUGAACUCCGCCAAGUGCUAACCAAACCUCAGCAACAAAUAAAGCAGGCAAUAAUCAAUGCAGCGGCCUCACAGCCACCUAAAAAGGUGUCUCGAGUCCAGGUGGUGUCGUCUUUGCAGAGUUCUGUGGUGGAGGCUUUCAACAAGGUGCUGAGCAGUGUCAAUCCAGUCCCUGUUUACAUCCCCAACCUCAGUCCUCCCGCCAACGCGGGGAUCACGUUGCCGAUGCGUGGGUAUAAGUGCUUGGAGUGCGGGGACGCCUUCGCCCUGGAGAAGAGCCUGACCCAGCACUAUGACAGGCGGAGUGUGCGCAUCGAAGUAACGUGUAACCAUUGUACAAAGAACCUUGUUUUUUACAACAAAUGCAGCCUCCUUUCCCAUGCCCGCGGGCAUAAGGAGAAAGGCGUGGUGAUGCAGUGCUCCCACUUAAUUCUCAAACCAGUCCCAGCAGACCAGAUGAUAGUGUCUCCGUCCAGCAAUACUCCUUCCUCCACUCUGCAGAGCUCUGUGGGAGCUGGCACACACACUGUAACAAAAAUCCAGUCUGGCAUAACCGGGGCGGUUAUUUCAGCGCCCCCAAGCACACCCAUCAGCCCAGCUAUGCCCCUAGACGACGAUCCCUCCAAGCUCUGUAGACACAGUCUCAAAUGUUUGGAGUGUAAUGAAGUCUUCCAGGAUGAGACGUCUCUGGCUACACACUUCCAGCAUGCAGCAGAUACAAGUGGACAAAAGACUUGCACUGUCUGCCAGAUGCUGCUUCCUAACCAGUGCAGUUAUGCUUCACACCAGAGAAUCCAUCAGCACAAAUCUCCCUACACCUGCCCCGAGUGCGGGGCCAUCUGCAGGUCGGUGCACUUCCAGACCCACGUCACCAAGAACUGUCUGCACUACACACGGAGAGUUGGUUUUCGAUGUGUACAUUGCAAUGUUGUGUACUCUGACGUGGCCGCACUGAAGUCUCACAUUCAAGGCUCUCACUGUGAAGUCUUCUACAAGUGCCCUAUCUGUCCAAUGGCGUUUAAGUCUGCCCCAAGUACACACUCCCACGCCUACACGCAGCAUCCUGGCGUCAAGAUAGGAGAACCCAAAAUAAUCUAUAAGUGUUCCAUGUGCGACACUGUGUUCACCCUGCAGACCUUGCUGUACCGCCACUUUGACCAGCACACUGAGAACCAGAAGGUGUCUGUUUUCAAGUGUCCAGACUGUUCUCUUUUAUAUGCACAGAAGCAACUUAUGAUGGACCAUAUCAAGUCUAUGCAUGGAACAUUGAAAAGUAUUGAAGGGCCUCCAAACUUGGGUAUAAACUUGCCUUUGAGCAUUAAGCCUGCAUCUCAGAAUUCAGCAAACCACAGCAGAGAGGAUGCCAAGGCCAUGAAUGGGAAAGAGAAAUUGGAAAAGAAGACUCCAUCUCCUGCAAAGAAAUCCACAGAGUCUAAGAAGAUGGCCAAUCUCGGGUGGACGUGUUGGGAGUGUGACCGUCUGUUCACACAGAGGGAUGUGUAUCUCUCUCACAUGAGGAAGGAGCAUGGGAAGCAAAUGAAGAAGCACCCCUGCCGCCAGUGCGACAAGUCCUUCAGCUCCUCCCACAGCCUGUGCCGCCACAACCGCAUCAAGCACAAGGGCAUCAGGAAGGUGUAUGCCUGCUCACACUGCCCCGACUCCCGGCGGACGUUCACGAAGCGGCUGAUGCUGGAGAAGCACAUACAGCUGAUGCACGGGAUCAAGGAUCCUGACGUGAAAGAACUGACUGACGAUACCAACGAGGAAGAAGCCGAGAUAAAGGAAGACGAUGCCAAGGUCCCCAGUCCCAAGCGGAAGUCGGAGGAACCGGUUUUAGAGUUCAGGCCCCCCAGGGGAGCCAUCACCCAGCCACUGAAAAAGCUGAAAAUCAACGUCUUUAAGGUCCACAAGUGUGCCGUGUGUGGCUUCACCACCGAGAACCUGCUGCAGUUCCACGAACACAUCCCGCAGCACAAGUCGGACGGCUCCUCCUACCAGUGCCGGGAGUGCGGCCUCUGCUACACGUCCCACGUCUCCCUGUCCAGGCACCUCUUCAUCGUGCACAAGCUGAAGGAGCCGCAGCCCGUGGCCAAGCAGAACGGGGCCGGGGAAGACAGCCUGCAAGAGAACAAGCCUGGCCCCGAGGACGAGGCUGCCGAGGACGCGGCGUCAGACCGGAAGUGCAAAGUGUGCGCCAAGACUUUUGAAACGGAAGCUGCCUUAAACACGCACAUGCGGACACACGGCAUGGCCUUCAUCAAAUCCAAAAGAAUGAGUUCAGCCGAGAAAUAGCCACAGCUCCUCCAUAGGAAAAGCCCUAGCCACAUAGGAAUGGAAAACAAGACUCUUUUUGUUACCAAAAGUUUGCAGUAUAACAGAGUUCACAGUUCUGUCUAGGCUGUCGCAAUAUAUUCUCUGUCCUGUCCCCUCACCUCCUCAGAUGUACCCUCCCCGUAAGUAUAAGGCAGUAUUUGAGUUUUAAAGAGUUUGUAUAUAUUUAAAUAACUUUUUAUACUCUUUGUUACAUGUUUGUAUCAGUAUUUGGUGGAAAAUGUUUUGAAUUUUUAGGUUUUUUUGUUUUGUUUUUUUGUGUGUGUUAGAGUUUUCCUUUUUUGUACCGUUUCUUUAAAACAGAGUUCUUCGUAACAGGGGCAGUUCCUGAAUUCAAACCAACCAUUUUGUAUGUUACCAAUUUGAAUGAGUUCAGUAAUUACAGGCUAACAUGCCUUUUUUAGUGUUUUUAAUUUUUAGAACUCACCACAUCAAUUUUAGGUGAUUGUGGGUCUCACAACACUAGCAGCUCUUAAGUGUCUUAGCACCACACUCAGUGUGCCUGCUCCUAGCGACUGAGGGCUCCGAGGACAACAGCACCCUGGGGAGGGCGAGGCCUGAACCCUCCCAGACAGCAUCUGAAGCAGCCUUGCAGAUCCCUUCUUCCGCCAAAGUGAGUGAAAGAGGCCAGGAAUCUGGUAGGGAAUGCAGGCGUCCUUAACCCAUCUGGAAGAAUGAGGAAGAAGGGAUCCAUAGGGGAGCCAACAGCUGGCCAUGUUUCUGGGUGAAUUUGCAAGGCUGAUCCACAGAGCCUGAGGAGCCCGGCUAGCUAGGAAAAGGCCAGCCUACUGUCAACGUUGAAAGCCGUAGUUAGACCUGUAGCUCUCUAGUCGGGUUUUGUCACGGAACUCACUAUCUAUCACAGAGACACGUAUUCCAAGAACAUCAAGUCUUUCUCUGGCUCUUGAUAGGAACACAAAGGCACGGCUGACUUAACCCUACACAGUUGGUGUUCCCUGUUCUGGGUGCUACUGCCAAAUGUCCUGGUCCUUAGAGUUGGGAUGCACAACUUUACCACCGACCUAGCAAUGCAGCAGCCUGUACUCUGCAAUUGGCCCUAGAGAAGCACUGAGCCACCAGGCUUCUAGAGUCACGUCAGUCCCUCUCACGGCCACCGGACUGGAGCACCGCACAGGUGCUCCCCGUCACUUCCCUCUAGUUCUCUGGGAAAGCUAUCUAGUUCGGUUAUCGUUUUUGUGUUUUCUGUUGCAUUUUAUAUCUUGUAUUUAUCUUGAGAUAUGUUUUUGUACUUUCUGGUUUUGUUUUCCUAAGCAAAGAAAUUCAUUUGUGUACAUAGAUACUUGCAUGCUAGACUGUAGUCAACGUUCAGUUCCUUGAAAGGUCUUGCUGCUGUCGGGUGUACGCACUACAUCCAUUGUGACUGUAUUCAACCCAUUUCACGUGUAAAUAAACGAGGAACAUCUGGCCCUUGAGCUUCUUCAAGAGAGUUAUUGGUGGGUCUCUGACAUCAGGAAGUUUGGGAAGUGACUCUUUACCGGAACAGGCUACAGAAUAUUGCAGAAUUCUUUCCACUCUGAAGAAUGGCUUGCUCGUUCUCAUCAGUGGCCAGCUAGCUACUCUGCCACUUUCUGUUGAUGCCAUCGGUACAAUCCAAGGGUGUGACAGUAUUCCUCAACUUGAAAUUGAAUUGCUGUUCCUUGUUGCAUCUGUAUUGCUCCCAGUUGUGUUCAUGCACUUUUACAUGUCCCUGCAUUUGAACCUUGCAAUAAGCCUGCGUGGUGGCCACGCGGGUCUGUCCAGCCUACAGUUGAGGAAGCUGAGCUCAGGUUCAGCUCUUCGCCUGAGCCCUCACAGCUGGUAAGUGGCUUUGCAUAUUAGAACCCAAAUAUUUUGCUCUCAAUCUAGUACUUGCUCUUUGUGGUUAUGUAUAUAUUGACAAAUAUUCAUUUAUUCAACAAAUAAAGUUAUGUGUGAAAUACAACA